CAGGCGUGAGCCACCGCGCCCAGCUUGGGAGGCUUCUUUACCUCUGUCCCUACUGCCACACCUGGCCCAGGGAGAACAUCUCUCCAGCCCCCAAGACGCACCCUGACAAGCCACCUGCUCUUCUGUAAAGUUGACGGAUUUCCAUUUUGCAGAUUUUUAAUGCCAGCCACCCAUGCCAGGGAUAUGGGGACCCCAGCAGGAAUAGGGUUUGUAAACUGACCACUGCGGCACUACAGAUGUCAUUUCUAACUGUGCUUUAACUCACUGUUUGGCCCCAAGGGUGGCUUUUUUUAGAAACAGAAUUAAUUGCCACCCUUACAAUCAUAAUAUGAAACGUAAGUCAGGAGUCCUCGAUGGCUCUUACACCGGGGAGGUCUGAGCACAUCAGCUCCCAAAGCACAGCAGAGCCUGUGGUUUUUUACUGGCACAUCUGAGCCACUUUCUGUCAGCCCCACACUGAGGAGGAACAGCAGGGCCCUUGGGCACGAUUUUACCUGGCUGGGGGCAGGUGACCAUUACCUCUUUCCAGCACCCACUGGAAUAGUAGGGGAAUGCACAUCCAUCUCCAGGUCUGGCCUUCCUUAUAAAUGCAACACGUCACACCCCUGUCCCUGCACAUAUUUCCCCUGUCUCCCAUACAGGGUUAGGCUUGGGCCAUGCUGUCCCAGAAACCUUGCCAGUGCCAGAGGCCUAGAGCGGCGGUGGGGGGGCGGGCCUGAGCCUGCCAGGGAGUCCUCUAGAAGGAAGGAUGCCCAGCUGGGCAUUGGCAGGCAUCAAGUGCCCCCCUGCAGGGUGGGCUGAUGGGGUCCUGCCCCCUGUGUCUGCCUGUCUCUCUGCAGACCUGACCCCACACGGUCCUCACCUGCUGCCUCUGGAACUGCUGCAGGAACCCCACGAUCUCCAGGCAGGCAUGCCACAGACGCUGAGUGCCUCCGACAUGGUCACCCCAGGCAGCCUCAACCCACCCCCCACCGAGCCCACAGAUGUCGAACAGGCUGGGCAGCCCCUCCUGGAUGGAGCUCCAUCCUCAGCCUCCCUGGAAACACUGAUCCAGCAUCUGGUGCCCACAGCCGACUACUACCCCGAGAAAGCCUACAUCUUCACCUUCCUGCUAAGUUCUCGUCUCUUCAUCGAGCCCCGGGAGCUCCUGGCCCGAGUCUGCCACCUGUGCAUCGAACAGCAGCAGCUGGACAAGCCGGUGCUGGACAAGGCCCGGGUCCGGAAGUUCGGCCCCAAACUUCUGCAGCUGUUGGCCGAGUGGACUGAGACCUUCCCAAGGGACUUCCAGGAGGAAUCGACCAUCGGGCACCUGAAGGACGUGGUGGGCCGCAUCGCCCCCUGUGAUGAGGCAUACCGGAAGAGCAUGCAUCAGCUCCUACAGGCUCUGCACCAGAAGCUGGCUGCUCUACACCAGGGGCCAGAAGGUCUGGUGGGUGCCGACAAGCCCAUCUCCUACAGGACCAAACCGCCAGCGUCCAUCCACAGGGAGCUCCUUGGUGUCUGCAGCGACCCCUACACACUGGCCCAGCAGCUGACCCAUGUGGAACUGGAGAGGCUGCGGCACAUCGGGCCUGAGGAGUUUGUCCAGGCCUUUGUGAACAAGGACCCUCUGGCCAGCACAAAGCCCUGCUUCAGUGACAAGACCAGCAACCUAGAGGCUUACGUGAAAUGGUUCAACAGACUGUGCUACUUGGUGGCAACUGAGAUCUGCAUGCCAGCCAAGAAGAAGCAGAGGGCACAGGUGAUUGAGUUCUUCAUCGACGUGGCCCGCGAGUGCUUCAAUAUCGGCAACUUCAACUCCCUCAUGGCCAUCAUUUCCGGCAUGAACAUGAGCCCUGUCUCCAGGCUGAAAAAGACCUGGGCGAAAGUGAAGACAGCCAAGUUUUUCAUCCUCGAGCACCAGAUGGACCCAACGGGGAAUUUCUGCAACUACAGGACAGCCCUGCGAGGGGCAGCCCACCGCUCCCUGACUGCCCACAGCAGCCGGGAGAAGAUUGUCAUUCCCUUCUUCAGCCUGCUCAUCAAAGACAUCUACUUCCUGAAUGAGGGCUGCGCCAACCGCCUUCCCAAUGGACAUGUCAACUUUGAGAAAUUCCUGGAGCUGGCCAAGCAGGUGGGGGAGUUCAUCACCUGGAAGCAAGUGGAGUGUCCCUUCGAGCAAGACCCCAGCAUCACCCACUACUUGUACACCGCCCCCAUCUUCAGUGAGGAUGGUCUUUAUUUGGCUUCUUAUGAAAGUGAAAGCCCAGAGAACCAAACAGAAAAAGAGAGAUGGAAAUCUCUAAGAUCUUCUAUUUUGGGGAAGACAUGAAAAGUGCUGACCGGAGGGAAGAGGAAGAGAUGGAGCCUGCUGAAGCCAUCUACAGUCCUGCCUCAGAUGGCCCAGCGGGCAGAGGCAGGGGAGCGCCUCACUACUUUGCAAACGCCAACACUGUGGCCUGCCACCCCCCACAGUGGCCAUAUGAGCCCAGGAGACCUUUCGUGGGACUUCAGCCCUGGCAGGGCCCAGGGCCUCCAGACGUGUGGGUGGCACAUGCCUUGGGGACAUCCUGCCUUCAGGACCGUGGGGUCGUGUGACUGGUCAGUCUGUCCAUCCUUGGCAAGGACACGGCAUUGCCUCAGAGGGUCGGGCCACUGCAAGCUCCAGACCUUGCUCAGUGACGUACCACUUUGGCCAAUACCCACAGUCUGUUAUCAGGUGGCUUGGGAACUUCUGCAACCACAGCAGACAUCACGGUGCCAUGUGAGAUGCCUGCACCAGCUCCGAGCCCACCGGCAGCCACUGCCAUUUUGCCCAUGGGCUCUUGCCCUGCUCUGCCUAUGAGCUUGUCUCUGCAGCCCCAGGUACCCCCUUUCUGGAUGCUGCUGGCCCCAGGGGAUAGCUUUCUGGUGACGGCUGUGGAACGGGUCAGCAGGACACUGGACACACGGAGUUACAGUGUGUACACGGCAGUCCUGCUAUAAGCUUUAGUUGCUAUAAAGCCCAGCCCCCUGUAAACUUUAGUCACUAUAAACACACCCGUACACCCUGCUUA